GGCUCACGGAGGAGUCACGUGUGCAGGGCUGAGAGCGAGCGAAUGAGAAACGGAGAGCGGGAGAGAGAGAGAGCGAAUGUGCGAGGGAGGGAAAGAGAGAGGGGAUACGAGAUGUUAAAAGAGACAUGACAAAAUAUCCAAAAAGGAGACGCACGCCGUACCAUGCGCGCUAAAUUUGUGCCCGCUGGAAAUCGAGAUGUCGGAUCGACGGUGACGCGCAUCACCCCAUUUCACGGAGGAAACGAUUUCGCUGGAACUUUGGAACGGAGGGUCCGCGGGGAAACAUGGCCGAAGGAGGGCCGCGCAAAGGUGUCGGGUCACCGCAGAUUCUGGCUGGCUCGGGUUACUGCAAGUGGUUUAAUGUCCGCAUGGGUUUUGGCUUUAUAUCGAUGACCAGCAGCGAGGGGAAGCCAGUGGACCCUCCACUGGACGUGUUCGUUCACCAAAGUAAGCUGGUGAUGGAGGGCUUCCGGAGCUUACGGGAGGGCGAGCAGGUUGAAUUCACCUUCAAGAGGUCGAGUAAAGGUCUGGAGUCGCUCAGGGUCACGGGGCCCGGCGGGGGCCCAUGCUCGGGCAGUGACCGACGCCCCAAAGGCAAGGCCCCGCCCCUCAAACGCAAACCAAAGGGAGACCGGUGUUACAACUGUGGAGGUCUGGACCACCACGCUAAAGAGUGUGGCCUUCCACCCCAGCCAAAGAAGUGUCACUACUGUCAGAGUGUCACACACAUGGUGGCCCAGUGUCCCCAUAAGAGGGCGCUGUCCCCCUCCACGUCUCAGGACCCCCAGCGCCCCUCCACCUCCGCUCAGUCCCAGGAAGAGGGGAGCCGGUCGGGCUCGUCGUCCUCUCCCGAAGAAGCAUCUCAAAGGGGGAGUCACUCCCGGAGCUGGAGGAAAAGCCGGGACUGAAAGCAACCGAAAGGUUCCUCAUCCAGACGAAGCCCAGACCUGAAAUCAUCUACCUCACAUGGCUGGGUCACAGAGGAGACCCUCCCUCCCUUCCUUCCUUCCCGUGCAGCUAUGGUAUCAGCCGAUGGGGGUCAUGCGUGUACAUGCGUGUUCUCACUGAGAAAUCACAACAAACUCUGCGACUGGUGUGUGUGUGUGUGUGUGUG